AUGUCUGGUAAAAAUAAGCAACCAGACAUAGACAUGCGAUGCGAGGCUUGUGAAGAGGAUAUCCGUAAAGGCAGUGCAAAGAUAAAAUGUUGUAAUCUAAAUUGUGAAGUUACCCUACAUCAGAAAUGCUUCCUAUCGAUUGCCAAAGUUAUAAAACUAGAAAAAUCCGACUGGCUGUGCAAGAACUGCGAUGAAGAUAGUCACACAUCAACCACAACCGUGAUAUCGAAUAGCGAUGGAGAUGUAAUUAAGGAGCUUGCUAAAGUGAAGAGUGAUGUUCGGCUACUAACUGAUCUUGUGAAUGAGUUAAAAUCUACUAACAAAAUUUUGCUCAAUAAAAUUGAACAAAUUACAUCCAGCAGGUUUCCCGAUGUACAAAUACAGCAGAAUACUGAACUUCCCGUACCUUAUAGUCAGGUUGUGUAA